AAAGGGAAAUGAUAAAGGUGUUCCAACUAAAACGAAAGUAGCCACUGGAGCGUGUCAACCAUGCAACGAAGUUAUUUUCUCCUUCCACGAAUAGUGUCAAAUUAUGGGUGUAAGGUUAGAAGCCCAUGGUUGAGCCAGCACCGUGCCGGUACAGCUUCAGUGGCUGCAGCUACUAAGCAAGAUCUAAGUGAGGAACUCACUGAUAUAAAGAAUGCAGGAACAUUUAAGCAUGAACGUGUGAUUGUGUCCAAACAGGGAGCCAAGAUAGAUGUGGAAGGUAGUUCACAGAAAAUUCUCAACUUCUGUGCCAAUAACUACCUAGGAUUGUCUAGUCAUCCAGCAGUGAUUGAAGCUGGUAUCAAAGCUCUGCAGACACAUGGAGCUGGACUCAGUUCUGUCAGGUUUAUAUGUGGAACGAUGGAUAUCCACAAAGAGUUAGAGGAAAAGCUUGCCAAGUUCCAUGGAAAAGAAGACGCAAUUCUCUACAUCAGUUGUUUCGAUGCAAAUGCUGGAUUGUUUGAGGUACUGUUGUCACAAGACGACGCUGUACUGUCAGACGAGUUGAAUCACGCUUCAAUCAUUGAUGGUAUCAGACUGUGCAAGGCUAAAAGAUACAGAUAUAAACAUAUGGAUAUGAAAGAGUUGGAAAGUCAGUUGCAGGAUGCCAGUUCAUGCAGACGUAGGCUGAUUGCUACCGAUGGGGUGUUCAGUAUGGAUGGGAAUGUAACCCCUCUUGGGGAUAUCUGUGACCUAGCAGAGAAGUACAAGGCCAUGGUGUUUAUAGAUGAAUGUCAUGCAACAGGUUUCUUUGGAGAAACAGGAAGAGGUACAGAGGAAUAUUUCAACCUGGAUAAUAAAGUUGACAUCAUCAACUCGACCCUCGGUAAAGCAGUGGGUGGGGCUGCAGGUGGAUACACUGCUGGUCCUAGAGAGCUAGUCACGUUGCUACGCCAGCGAUCCAGACCAUAUCUUUUCUCCAAUUCUCUUCCACCUCCUGUAGUAGCUUGUGCUAGCAAGGCACUAGACCUUAUCAUGGAACACCCAGACUUACCUCACUUGGUUCUCAGCAACACACAGAGGUUCCGCAACAAGAUGACAGAAGCAGGAUUUGCUCUUACAGGUGAUCCUGAGCACCCAAUCUGUCCAGUAAUGCUUGGAGAUGCUAAACUAGCAAGUGAAUUUGCUGAUCAGAUGCUUGAACGGGGAAUAUAUGUGAUUGGAUUUUCCUACCCAGUUGUGCCUAAAGGGAAAGCUCGAAUCCGAGUGCAGAUAUCUGCAGCCCAUACUGAGGCAGACAUCGACCGUGCUGUAGAUGCCUUUGUCUCCAUUGGACGACAGCUUAAAGUCAUCAACUGAAAGAAGAAUUCUUUAAUGAAUCACUGAUGUACAUUCCUCACAACAUCUUUGAUAGGUGUACUUUUAUCUUUUUAAUUUUAUUUUUCUUGAAGUGACAGAUUUGAAAUGUGUUUUGAGUUAUUUUAUAAAUGAGUUAGAAGCAUGUUCAGUAAGCUAAUCUUACUGUUAUUUUUGUGUAACUGUACAGACAUAUACAUUAACUUAUAUUUUUUGUAAAAGUUACAAUAGAAAGUAUAGAUUACUUGAAACUUUUUUUAGGAAUUUUGAAAAAAUUGUCAUUUACCAUUUAUUUUUGUUACCGUAUAGUUUUAAUUUAGGAGUAGAUUGUAACCACUUUUCUUUAUUCAUUUUUUUCUAUGAAUCUCAGCUUUGUUUUAAAUUAAGGGCAUUUAAUCGUUCUUUUUCAAUGCAGUUGUAUAUCUUUAUGCCCUUAACCUUGAUAUUAUAAUACUUGUUAGAAUCUCAACCCUGUUUUAGAUAAAUGAACACCACUUUGCAAAAAUCAGCAUAAGGGCUUUACGACCAACAUGGAUGGAUAAAGAUCAGCCUGCACAUCCAUGCAAUCAGAUCUGGAUCCGUUUGUUCGCUUAACAGCUGCAUACAAAUGCUGAAACUAAUAAAUGACAAUUAUGGAUGUAUAGAUAAAGGAACAGUAUGGAUAUGCUUAAUUUUUGCUGGCCACAAAGCCAAAACAAAAUGAGCUGCACCAUGAGAAAACCAACAUAAUGCAUUUGCAACCAGCAUGGAUCCAGACCAGCCUGUGCAUCCGAGCAGUCUGGUCAGGAUCCAUGCUGUUUGCUUUCAAAGUUGAAGGGUUGCUGAUAAUCUAUCUGUUAUAUUAAUUUUAGCUUUGUACACGUUUUAUGCAAGAAUAGUGUUAACAUGUGUUUGUUUCUCGUUAUAAAAUCUACAGAAUCCCUCCAGAUAUGUUGGUGCCUGAGCCUGUUACAUGAACUGCUCGCUAGCAUCUUUGAUUAUUUUGAAAUGAAUAGGUCUCAUGAAAACUGAUUAGUAUGAUGUCUAUUGCUGUUAGAAGUUUUGAUAAAAGUUAGAAUUGAAUUCAAAUCAUUAUUCACGAUAAAACAGACCACAGAUUGAAAACUCUAAAAGUUAGAAAUGAAAUAAAUGUAGAUGGGACCAGAUAUUUUAACUCAGAUUAUAUGUUUUCUUUACAUUAUGUUGAUAUAAAGAGGACUUUACUGUUGAAGCAUUGUUUUGAAUACUCAUAAAGAUAUUUUUCUAGCAAUAUUUAUACAUACUUUAGUGAAAAUUUUUGUUUUGAUGAAAAACUUGCAUUUAUUAUUGCAAUAUCUGUUUAAAUAUCAACAUGUUUUAGAUAAGUGGUUAGAAUUUGUCAUUCCUUUUUUUUUUUCAAACAAAUGAAUCUCAUGAAA